AUUGCAUCAUUGGAUUUGAUUAUAUGGCCCAUUUGUUUCAUGGAUGGAUGUAUCGCAUCAGUUGCUGAGCUGCUGUUGUACGGCUGAGGACUUGAAAUGGAUCUUCGUAUUCGACAAUAUCUAUUAAAAGCUCAGGAGAAAAAAGAUGUUGCGUUUGUGAGAAGAGCGCAUGCGCUGAUCGGAUCUUCUCAGUCUGAGCUCAGGGUUGUGUGUGCUGAACAAGCUCUACAGCUGGGCUGUAGGGAAAUCGCACAGGACUGCUUAAAGAUGUACUUGGAAGGGAAACCCGCAGUGAAUCAGUUUCUGUGUCGAGCGUAUCUCUGCCAGGCUCAGCUCGUCUCUUCACACUCCAUCACCUCAGCGGAGGACUUGGAUAAGGCUGUGAUGUUCUAUCUGAAGGCUAUUGAGAUCGCCAAAGACAAGUCCAGAUAUCAUUUCCUGGUGUUCAACGCCUCGCUGUUGUUCCUGCGGUCCGUCAGGCUGUUCCUGAGGCCCGGGAAGCGGCAGAACCUGGUUUCUUCUCUCACACAGGUGGUCGAGGCUCUGGAGGAGGUUCAGGAUCCGGACCAUGGAUGGAGGGCUGAACUAAUGAUACACCUUGUUGAAUGUCUACUUGAUGCUGGGACGAGGGAAGAAGCAGUUGCCAUGGCCAAGGUCACCUCUGAUUUUAUAGAAUCACAUAAACCAGAGCUUUAUCCCAGGCUUUUCUCCAUACAGGUUCGACACAACCUCAUGGAUGUCUCUGAAAAGCUGAAUGAUAAAAACCCUAAAUUGCUCGUGAUCUACAAGAUCCAAAAGCUAAAACAUAUGGUUGAUAUCAAUGAACUGAGGAGAGAUGAGGUGAAGGCACUGAAGGAGGUUUUCCUGCUUCUGAUGCAGUCAUCAAAACCCAAAGCGUCUGACAUCCAGGGCUCCCGUCCUCCAGCGCACAUGCAUAGCUCUAGUGCUCCACCCAACAUCCCUGAAUCCAGUCCUCUGCCCAUGACACACAGCUCUAGUGCUCCACCCAACAUCCCUGAAUCCAGUCCUCUGCCCAUCAAACACAGCCCUAGUGCUCCACCCAACAUCCCUGAAUCCAGUCCUCCACCCAUUACACACAGCUCGAGUACUUCACCCAACAUCCCUGAAUCCAGUCCUCCACCUAUCAAACACAGCCCUAGUGCUCCACCCAACAUCCCUGAAUCCAGUCCUCCGCCCAUCAAACACAGCUCUAGUGCUCCACCCAACAUCCCUGAAUCCAGUCCUCCGCCCAUCAAACACAGCUCUAGUGCUCCACCCAACAUCCCUGAAUCCAGUCCUCCGCCCAUCAAACACAGCCCUAGUGCUCCACCCAACAUCCCUGAAUCCAGUCCUCUGCCCAUCAAACACAGCCCUAGUGCUCCACCCAACAUCCCUGAAUCCAGUCCUCCGCCCAUCAAACACAGCUCUAGUGCUCCACCCAACAUCCCUGAAUCCAGUCCUCCGCCCAUCAAACACAGCUCUAGUGCUCCACCCAACAUCCCUGAAUCCAGUCCUCCACCCAUUACACACAGCUCGAGUACUCCACCCAACAUCCCUGAAUCCAGUCCUCCACCUAUCAAACACAGCCCUAGUGCUCCACCCAACAUCCCUGAAUCCAGUCCUCCGCCCAUCAAACACAGCUCUAGUGCUCCACCCAACAUCCCUGAAUCCAGUCCUCCGCCCAUCAAACACAGCUCUAGUGCUCCACCCAACAUCCCUGAAUCCAGUCCUCCGCCCAUCAAACACAGCCCUAGUGCUCCACCCAACAUCCCUGAAUCCAGUCCUCCGCCUAUCAAACACAGCCCUAGUGCUCCACCCAACAUCCCUGAAUCCAGUCCUCCGCCUAUCAAACACAGCCCUAGUGCUCCACCCAACAUCCCUGAAUCCAGUCCUCUGCCCAUCAAACACAGCCCUAGUGCUCCACCCAACAUCCCUGAAUCCAGUCCUCUGUCCAGCUCCUGCAGCUCCAGUGUUUGUGUGGAUCUUGACUCGUCCAUUCUACUGACUGACAGGGUUGUGUUCCUGAUAGAGCUGGCGUUCCUCUCCCCGCAGUUGCAGCAACAUGACAUGGCGUUGGACUGCCUGAAGGAGCUCAGCGCCUCAAAUGUCACCGUGGGUCAGCGCAUAAUGAUGGAGUGUGUGCAGUGUGAGCUCGACCUUAACAAGAACAGAGACGGGAUUGAGAAUUACUCCAGAUCUGGCGUGGAGCUGCAGUUGAGUGUGAUCGUGCGCUUGGAUGCGUUACUGCAGACGGCACUGAAGGCAGGAGACGCUGGUGUGUGUGAGGCGGUGUGUGUGUGUCUGUGGAACGCGUGUCUGCCGCUUCUCCAACACAACCUCCGUAAGAGAGUCCAGAAACCCCUGCUCACACUCGCUCGAGCGCUGGACUCCACCGACAGCAUGCUGCUGGAAGUGUGUGGUCAGGUUCACGCUGAGCUGGCCGCCGUAGACGAGGAGGAUGAGAAGCUGGAGUCGGCCAUGAAACACCUUCAUAAAGCCGCUGGUCUGGACGUUCCCUCUGAGCAUCUGUCCUCCUCCUUACACCUCCUCCAGCUGCGCUCCUCCGGUCUCAGCGCACACACACACACUCGCUGCGAGGACCAGGCCGCCAGACUCAUGCAACAGGCUACAGAGGGAGAAGGGCCAGAGAGUUUGAGAAAGCGGCGCCCCCUGCUGGUCAGUGCUGGACUCGCUCUGGCACCUGAAGCUUUCCGAACCGUUCUCGAUGCUGACCGCAAAAUCAAAGGUGAUGGAGACCAGGAUCAUGUGACACAUCUCGCCGCUAAAGCCCAACAUCACAUGACCUGUGUGCAGAAGGUCGAGGGUCAUUUGGCUGGGCUUGACAAGAGCUCAGAUGAUAAAGAGAGGGUGAGGUUAUGGGCGUCUCUGGCCAAGAUCGGCCGGAAACAGGAGGUUUUCGAUGUGUGUCGCGCGGCCUGUCGCUUCUGUCUGCUGUACGAUGACGGGCGAUGGGAGAGCUCCAGUAAACUGAAGAACGGAGCGAGUCCGGAGCGAAGGAACCAGACGGAUCCGCUUCUGCGUCUGUUAGCGGAGGUCCACUUCAUCAACGCUGAGGUAACCAUCCUAAAACUGCGCUCUGAGGGGGUGGAGCUAAACGGCUCUGCUGUGACACCUGAUGACAGAGGGACACGCCCACCCGAGGAGGGCGACGCCCACUGGACCCUGUACAGUGAUUGGAUCAAGGGUUUAUCGGCGUAUGCCACGGGUCACUUCCUGCGAGGGGCGGAGCUGGGGGCGGAGCUUGGAGAGGCGUGGCUGGUGGCUAAUGCAGCUGUGUAUCUGUGGAACUACAACACCUGGCUUCUGGCCACCAGGGGGCAUCGGCUCCUCCUGCCCACGUUCAGCCGUCUCUUACAGCUCCUCAGACACACAGGGCAUGCUGGGGAGACGUCUCUCGUGGUCCUGCUGUGUGACGCUGUGGCUCAGGGACUCAUCGAGCCGUGGUGUGUGUCGCCUGUGCGUGCCGAUCAGGAAGAGAAGGCAGACGUUCAGCCCGCCGCAGAAAAGACCAAGAAAGUGCGAGGAAAGAGCGUGGAGAAGUCCGGCCCGACCCACGGCCCAGGCCUGGACGCCGCCGCCCUGCAGGACGUGAAGAAAGCUCUGGAGGUGUGUGAGUUUGCGCUGAAGCUGUCCAAUGGGAACGCUGAGCCGGUGCCGCUCCUGGUGAGGAGGCAGAUCUUGAGCUCGUGGGUCUCGGUUAAACAGCUUCUUCACCAGCAGAUCGGACCCAAGCUGGACAUCAACGACGAGAGUAAGAGCGAGGCAGUGGUGGCCGUGUCCCGUGUGCUGGUGGCGAUGGAGAUGCUUCGGUGUAACCGGAACACCCGGCUGAUGGAGUUCAGCGUCCCCAGCCUGUCUGUGCUGGUGUCGAUGGCGACGGGCUGUCAGUGGACCGACCCGGUGCUGGAGUUGUGUGUGUGGACUCAGCUCGCUCUAUACACUCAUCAGACACAUGACCACGACCUUCUCAUGACCUGCACCCAGAAUGCACUGCAGCUGGAGCACAGUGCCCUUCACAGGGUGAACACACACACGUAUGCUCUGGUUAGUGUGCGCUCAGUGCAGGAGAUGUUGAGCAGCGCUGCAUGUGUGAGAGGUCAGAGUUUGACCCGUGAGGCCAGAGGUCAUCAAACCAGAUACAUGGAGGGUCUGCGGAUGCUUCAGUCCAGCGUCAGUUUUGCGGCGCAGGCGUGCAGCUGGUGUGUGUGUGUGACGGCAGCGGGUCACUACUGGAACGCCUGUGUUCCUCUCCUGGACUCGAGAGCGGACCGACGACAGCUCAGAGAACCACUGGAGCUCAUCCUGAAGGCCAUGAUGAACACUUACAGGACACACACACCUGACAGAAGCACUGGAGCGUCUGGACUCGAGAAUGACGGUCCAGAAACCCCAGAAAGCACACGUGAUGAUGAGCUGACGGUGUGUGUGUCCAUGAUCAACGCUCUGCUCCUCAUUCAUGCAGACACUGGAGACUGGAAGAGAAGCCUAAAGCUGCUGGACGAGGCCGUCGGAGACAUGCCACACACACACCGACCGGUUCUGUUAAAGCAGCGUGUUCUGGUGAAGGCCCGGCUGGGAGAGUCGGUUCUGCUGGACAUGCAGCGGUUCAGAGACGAGGACGAGAUCUUCCUCUCGCACAUGUGGAGGCGAGCAGCUCUGUGUGCCAAACACACACACCAGCGCCUGUCCUGCUAUCAGAACGCCAUCGCAGCACUGAAGUCUCCGGGUGCUCAGUGGCAGAAGGUGGACGUUCUGCUGGAGUUCGGCGAGUGGCUUCACGUCACACACUUUCCUGCGACUGACGUUCGUCUCCCGAUCGAGUGGGCCGCAGACAUCCUGAUGUUCCCAGACGAGGAGAGCGUGGCGUCCGGCGUGUGUGUGCGUGAGGUGCGGGCGGUCGGGCGUCUGGAGCGUCUGAUGCGAACACACACACUGCUGGCUGUCGUGGAGGAGCGAUCGUCACACACACACCUGCAGCAUCUGCUCACCGCGCUCAGCUUCACGCUAAACAUCUGGAAGGUGUCCAUGGAAACCGCACAGGAAGUGAGGAAUCGGUCAGCUGUGAGACCAGACGACAAGAAGCCUAAACAGCCGUCUCCUGUUGAGGACAAACCCCGAGGUAAAGCUGUGGAAGUGAGUCUUCCCAUCAGCCCUGAGGAAUGGGCUCAGUUUGAGUGUCCCGAGGAGCUCCGGCAGGCCUUUGGUUCUGACGACGGCCCGUACAGCAUCAACGGCUCGGCCCUCAGCGCGCAGAGCCGAACUCUGUUUUAUUUGGAUCUGUUGGUGAGAGAGCUGGAAUCAGUCUCGUUGACCCCGUUGACCUUUGCCCCUCUCCACUUGGCCGAGGUCAUCGCUCAUGACCUGAUGAAGAGCAGGAGUCAGUCUGACCUCUACCGUCUCAGAAUCAUCAGGAACUGUCGGGAUGUGGGGUUUGAGUGUCCGUACGGCGAGCAGCUCCUCAGCUUCACACGCGUUCCUGAGGACGAGCAGAUGCGGAGCCAGAAGGCCGUCCUGACCCACAGACACGGCGAGUCGGACCAGACGCUGUUGGCCGAAGAGGAUCCGAGUAGAAGGACAUUAGCCGGACACUGGCUGGCGAAGGCCGAUGUGUGUAUCAGCAUGAACCUGUUUGAGCCGGCUAAAGUCCUGCUGAAUCACACACACCUGAUAGCUGAGAAACUUGGUGAUCAGACGUCAUUGGCCGAGAGUCUACACCUGCUGGCUGUUCUGGCCAAUCAGGAGCAGAGAUACCGCGAGGCUGUUGUCCUGUGUGAGCGAGCGCUGGAGAUCGGCGGAGACGAGGAGUUCUUGCACCGGCUCGUUCAGACGCUGAUGAGCGCUGUGGCGGGACGAGGAGGACAGGACACGCAUCAUCAGGUGUGUGAGAUCACAGAACAGGCGUGCAGAACCAUCAGAGCGGUUCUAGAGCAGAGACGGAACCGAGCUUCGGUCCUUCGCUUCUUCAUGGCGGCGCUGGAGACCCGGGGGGCUGUUUUACGGCGGCGUUUGCUUCGUCCUGCUUCUCCGCUGUUCUGUCUGAGUGAUGCGGACCUGCAGAUGUUGACCUCAGUGUGUGACACACUCACACACACUUCCUCUGAACUACUGCAGCUGAGAUACAGGACACACUCCGCUGAGGCCAUGCGAGAACACGCCGACACGCUGAGAAUGCUGGCCGUCCAUGCGUCGAGUGUAGAGGAGAAACAGCGCCACCUUCUGCACGCAUUGGCCAUUAUGAAGAAAGCCGUGUUUACCCAGCAGGAAGUCGUCGCUGAAGCCCUGAACGUUCUUCCUCCUCAUGAGUCUGGUUGGCGUAACCUCCCUGCGGUGCGUGUGUGUGUGUGUCUGAGACUGGCUCUGGCCGAUCUGGCCCUGUUCAUGCUGGACCUCCAGUGUGCCGAGGACAACAGGAAGUCCAUCAUCCGGGACAGGAAGUGCUCAGUAGAGAGAGCUCUGGAGGACUUCAUCAGCGCUGACCUCACUGAACAUGAGAGGGACUGGUCUGCUGUGGGACUCUCUCUGGCUCAGGACGCUCUGACGCUCCUCUCAUCUGUCACUUCGCUCUCGCUGGACUGUGUGGAGACCAGGGCCCGUUCGCUCGGCAUGCUGGGAAGGUGUCUGAGAAUACUAGCCCAGCAGAGAGACCCGCUGUACCCGUGCACACUGUGGGACGAGCCCGUCACGGAUGAGGACGGGGCCGAGAGACGGGGCAGCCAGGACUAUAAUGAGGAGGAGGAGGAGCAAGUGAAGACGGACACUGAGAAGAGGCCGUAUGCUGGCAAAAGUGCAGAGCUGCAGAGCAAGCGGAGAGCAGCGCAGCGGCUGUUGGCUCAGGCCAGUGAAACUCUCAGUCAGUCUUUGAGUCUGAGUCUUCAUCACGACCUUCCUCAUCUUCUUCCUCACGUGUGCUCAGAUCUGCUGGAGUGUCACGGUCAGUUUGACCUCGGCGCCAGCGGGCAGUUCCUCGCUCUACUGCAGAGUGGUGUGUGCUGUGCCGAGAUGUGCUCCGUCCUGCUCUCGAUCUGCUCCGGUGUCAGUGGGUCUCAGGUGUGUGCGCUGAUGAACCUGCGGGAGAAGCUGCUCUCUUCACAGGGUCACAGACCCGACGGUGUGCUGACAGCAGUGAGCCGAGAGCUCAGCCGUCUCUCUAAGGCCUUCAGUCACCUGACCAUAAACCCAAACCACCUGAGGAUUCUGGGAGAAAUGCCUCCCAACUUCAGGAUCCUGCUGCUCCAGCACUCAGAGGACAGUUCUGUGCUGUACGGCGGCUACUAUGAGAAGGUUAAAGCCACAGAGACUCAGAAAGGAAAGAGUGUGACUGGUGGUCUGAUCUGCUCUAGACUGGUCAAGGCCUGUGUCCACAGAUCAUCUCUACUGAAGCUCCACAAACACCUGGAAGAGUUCAAACGUCUGAGCGCACAGACACACGAAGGGAAAGCUGGAAAGCGGGACGAGUGUUUUAAAGCACUUCUUGAGGAAAUGGAGCAAUACUUGCACCCUGUUCUCUCACAGCUUGACUUUUCAUGCUUUAGUGUUGGUUCCCCGUCCUUCUCCACGUCGGCCCGAGCCAAAGACAAGGAGGAGAAGACCACUGAUAAACUUCUGGCGGAUCCUGGCGAGUGUGUGGUGAUUCUGGCUGACCGGAUGUUGUUGGAGUUUCCACUAGAAGCGUUGAGUGUCCUACAGGCGGACGGCAUCGGCUCCGUGUCUCGAGACUUCUCACUUCAGGUUCUUCAUGCACGCCUACAGACGGACGAUACAGUGACGAUUGAAAGUGACAAUAAGAAAGAGGCCAAAGGUGUCCGAGGAGUCAAGGGGAGAGCCGAUCAAAGCCGAGGAAUCAAAGCGGUUCUGGUCAAUCGUGUCCCGCCGCCACACACCGUCCCAGUGGACACACACCGGUUCAGAUAUGUAGUUGACUCACAGGAGGAGGAAGAGGAGGAUGAGGAAGGAAAAUGGGCUGAUCGGAGCCCAGCAGAAAGCAUGAGGCAGAGUCUCGACACACACUCUCAGUUGACGGCUCAGUGGGAAGGGCUGAUGGGCGUGGAGCGCCAGCGCAGUCUUGCAGAUGUGGAGCAGCUGCUGAUGUCCUGUAGUGCGUUCAUCUACUCGUCUGCCAAGAGCUUCUUCUCCGGCUUUCCUCCAGUCAAGAUGGCCUCGCUCAACCUGUCCGGAUGUGGGAUGCUCUUCCUGUUGGACCGCGCUCAGAAACCGGUCAGCGUCCAGAAGAGACGGGCUUUGGCCGGUUCUGUCGGGUCGGGGUAUCUGAUGACUCUCGGGGGGGUUCGUUCAGUCCUGCUCAACCAAUGGCACAGCAGCGCCUCAGCCAACGCUCGAGUCCUGCGCUCGCUCAUGGACGAUGUUUUGAACACAGGACUGACUUCAGGACGAGCGGCUCAUGUUUUACGCACACACACGUCAGAAAGAGCAGAAGUCAGCGCAACAUCAGGCGAGGGUUCGGCUGUAAACUCUUCCUCUGAGGACGUCCUGAGGGAAACACGUCUGCGCUCCAACGCUUUCAACCUCGUCAUUUAUGGACUUCCUAAUGUAGUGGUUAUAUGAAGAACUGCAGGUGUGUGUGUGUGUGACUGAACCUCAGCAAAACACUCUGACAGAAGAAUCAGUUUGUGAUCAUUACGACGGUCUGCUUUAAAGCCAGAUUACGAUCAGAUGUGACGAUGUUCAUCUUUUAUUGUUGCUGCUGUCAAACUAUUAUUGAUGAUCCCAAACUCUUCAGUAAUAAAUGAUGAAGUGCA